GCCGUAGCCCUUCUCCACGUAAGGUUCCACAUACACCUCCGCGCCCCGAUGUCGAUGGGCACCGGCUUGGAGGGGCGUUGCGGCGAUUUUUAUUUUGCAAAAUAUGGGUCACCCGUUUUCAUAGGAAGAAUAUAAAUAUCUUGCUCGAGAACCUCUCAAAAGAUCGGUCGCCUGUCAGGCCCAAAAGAAAAUAAAUAUCUGUCAUUGUCCAAAAAUGAGCAAUAGCAGAGGUUUCAGGGUCUCUCUCACUCGCAAAGAGCCAUGAUCUGCCGGACUUUGAGAUCCGCUCCCGUGGUCGGCCGCGUACAGGAAUGCGUUGCCAUGUUCCGCCGCGCAAUCGGUGGAGAAGUAGAAGCCCACGCGAAAGCCAAGUCAGAAUCGGUUCAGGGGCAUAAUCGAAAGAAGAAAGGGCACAAGGACUUGGAAGCAGAAUUAGCAGCAGCAAAACUUAGAUAUGGUCCUUGUGGAGUUUGUGGAAAGGACAAAGACCACACGAGUGCUGGUUGCCCUUACGUGAUAAAUAUCCCAAACCCUCUGGAGGUAACUCUUGUUGACGGUAGGUAUGGAAUAGUUUGUGAUUGUUGUGCUCAGCCGGGGGGCCACCCUACUCGCCGGGGCUGGACAGGACGUGCUACUCUCAAGUUGUGUACCUAUUGUAUGGUAUUGGGUGAGCACUGGACUACAGAUUGCCCGUGCGUUGAGCCCCAACAACGUGAGAAAUGGAGAAAAGAAAUGAGAGAGGAUGAUAUUUUGGGAGAGGAGCCCAAGAAAGAAGAAUUUCUGGACUUAGAGGCAUAUUUGAGGGACUUGCGAAUGAUGGCUGAGUUAAAACCAUAUGACGGUUGAGGAAA